AUGACCGUACGAGUAGAAGGUCCUUAUGGACCUGCUUCGGCCGAUUUCCUCAGGUAUGAUACUCUGUUUCUUGUAGCGGGAGGAAUCGGAAUUACGCCGUUUCUAAGCAUUUUGCAAGAACUCGCGUGUGAAAACCGACUCAAAUCUCCCAAGAGAGUGCAGCUCGUGUUUGCGGUGAGGACAUUCCAAGAGAUUGACUUGUUGAUUCCAGUGUCAUCUAUACUCUUUAAUUCAAUCCACAACUUAAAACUCAAGUUACAAGUUUUUGUCACCCAAGAGAAAAAGCAUUCCAAUGGAACAACAACAUUGCAAGAGAUCUUGGCUCAAUCCCAAGUUCAGUCUAUUCACUUUGGAACCGACGCGGAUUAUUCAAGAUUCGCAAUUCUUGGCCCUGACACUUUCAGAUGCCUUGCUACAUUGGUCCUUAUAACUGUGCUUACGUUUCUCGGUUUGCUUAUCGGUUUAGGUCAUUUCUUUAUACCUUCUGAACACAAGAAGCAUUCACAUUCUAUGAAAGUAGCUGCUUCAGGAGCAAUGAAGACAGAUAAAGAAAAAGUUCCUUCGUGGGUUCCAGAUUUGGUUAUCAUUGUCUCUUACUUUAUAGCUAUAACAAUCGGAGGUUUAGAUUCAAUUAUUCUACAGUGGAGACGACAAAACAGAGAAGCACCAAGAACGUCUAAAGACGAAGUAAUACCACAGGAAAGAAACUUCACUGAAUUAAUACCAAUUGCUCAUGUAGACGAACAUGAGAUACAUAUCGGAGAAAGGCCGAAAUUCGAAGAUAUACUGUCGGAGUUUGAGAAGAACUUGAGAGGAUGGUCGAGUAUAGGAGUUUUGCUAUGUGGACCCGAGUCAAUGAUAGAGGCUGUGGCAUCAAUUUGUCGCCGAAGGUCUCAGUGUUUUGGAAUAGAGGAUUCAACAAGCCACAAGAAGAUGAAACUCAAUUUUCAUUCUCUUAAUUUCAACCUCUAA